AAUUGCAGACAGUAAAAGGAGGAUGGUGGAGAGGUUCUUCUUGAGUAAGAGUAGCCAAACCAUUUCUAAGUCUGACCCAUUCAUGCUUCUCUCAGGCCCUCCUUCUUGUGGGAAGACGUCGCUGCUGUUCCAAUUUGCAUUCAAUUCAGCAUUGCAGAGCACUGGGAAUGGCAAAGUCAUGUUUUUAUGUAACCGCCGCAGGCUUGAAACUAAGCCCCCCUUUCUCUCACAAGGCAUUGAUCCCUCGUCCCAUGUCUUUAAGCGUAUCCAAAUUAAAUAUUUGGAUGAUGAUGAAGGUAUUAAGAAGUACUUUGCUGCAUUUCACCUGCAUGAUACAUUUCCUGCUGCAGUGGUUGUUGAUGAUUUUGGAGAUUUCUUUGAUGAAAGGACUUGCCAAGAAAGAUAUGCUAAUCCUCGUGGUAGAGACUUGGCUAUGGUGAGGAUUCUAGCUUUAUGUCACAAUGCCAUAACGAAUGCAAAUGAAAAAGGACCUUGCAAGCUUCUGUUGUCUGAUAAACACCACGGGAACACUCCGAGGUUGCUAUUUAUUUAUAAGAGAUGGAUCUCAAGCAUCUUUACAAUCAAAGGUGAUGGCUUUGGAUCAUUUCUGUUGAAAAAUAUUGACAAUUCAGGAAGCGGCAGUGUGGGGUGGUCGAGAACUGCAAAGUACUCCAUAGCUCUUCAGUAUCUGUUAUUGGAAGAGGUGACAGAGGAUGGUGUACAGUGAUGUUGCUAAACUUACUUUCGAGUUUUAGUUUCCUAUUUUGUUUGAUCGAACUGCAAAAUAGUAAAUAGCUCCUUAUUCAGUAUCUAUUUUUGAAGGGAAUGACUUAAAAGUGUAUUGUGAUAGCAAAUAUUGUUGUUUGAUUCAGUUGUACACUUAAUUCUGGUUUGUCUUAGAAUAUUAUACUCUUAUGAGGCCUUCUUUUAGUAUUCCUUUUUUGAAAGCAAAAUGGCGAAAACUUUUUGCACUGUGUAUUUGAUCCUAAAUUUCUCUACUGGAUCUAUCUCCUUUGAGGUAUGU